UUGGUGCAUACGACGACUUUCUUUGUAUACGUAAAUCAAAACUAAAUUAAUGAGUUGCCCUAAUCGAAUGGAUUUUGCUCAACUCUUAACUCAAUGGAAAUGUAAAACCCAAAGCUUUAAGCGUUAAACCCUGGAAGGUCAUACAUCAAAUGGCCCUUUCUCUGUCAGCAUCCUUGUUCGACCCUUGGCUAAACAACCAACAUCGUACAAACUCCCUUCCCAAACCUGUGCAACUCAAUACUGUUUCAACCGUCCCUUUCUGUGUUCCAUCUCUCUCGAUUACAGUGUCACCUGUAACCCCAACACCAAAACUCGACAAAGACAAGUCUGAUCACUCUUACAACCAUCUGUUCCCUUCACUUUCAUUUUCCAAUAUUCUCUUCUUUAAAUCAGCAUAUAAUGUUCAGGUUAUAACUGGGGAAAAUGAGCCUGAAGAGAAGCUCAUUGGCCGCUUUCGUAGAGAGGUUCUCAGGGCUGGAGUUAUCCAGGAAAGUAAGCGCCGAAGGUUCUUUGAAUCAACUCAGGAAAAAAAGAAAAGAAAGUCUCGUGAUGCUGCCAGACGAAACCGCAAAAGAAAUCAUUUUGAAGAUGUUGGACCUCUUGUUGCAAAAGUAGCAGAGGAGGACGCCAGUGGUACCUUUAACCUGGAAACAGACUGCAUGGACAAAACUUUAAAAAUAGGGGAUUGGACGAGCAUAGUUCAUAGCAUUAAGCUGCCUCUUUCUCUUACCCUGUCUCCUGUACAGGAGAGGAAUGAGAAUGAUGAAGGCAGCCCUUACAAAACUUCCAAAUGAUGACACACAAUUUAAUCCAACGGUGCUAACAUUUGAGGAAUAUAAUUGAAUUCACAUUUAUGGUUGUGCUUUGACUUUGGUGCUUAAUUGUAUCAUGUCCUAUUUGAUUCCCUCUUCUUUACUAUCGACCACUGACUGUUGACAUCCUUUCUAUGAAAAUGUACUGGUUUAUUAAGCGCAGGUUCCUAAAAUGAUAUGGAUGGUUUUGCUGAAUUUGUGGUCAGCAAAAGAUAGGUUGCCUUUCAUCAUAUUGAUCUUGGGAAGUAAUAGGAGUGUAAGAUUAGGCCCAUCCGAGGGUAGUAAGGACCGUGAUAUUAAAUGGGCCUCUUGGAAUGGCAACCUACAUUUUAACUCAUCAUCAGAUUUAUCAGAUUUUGACCACUUCAGUUCUUGUGCCUGUCAUUGCUCGCUUUUGCCUUCAUUCUGGAUAGCUUUUUUUAAUUGUUCCUAAUGAAUAACAUGGAUACGACUAACAAUUGUUAAUGAUGGUUAAUCAAGCUUUUCCUGCGU